UGAUGGAUCCAAUUAGGGAAGAAAUGGCGCUGAAAUACUUUCGUCAAAUCGUUGAAGGUUUACAAUUCCUUCACUCCAAAGGUAUAAUUCAUCGAGACCUCUCGAGGGGCAAUAUAUUGUUUGAUGCUCAGGAUGAUGUGAAGAUUGGCGAUUUUGGUUUGGCAACAUUUCUGGAUAACAAUCCAACUGGUUCUCCACUCAAGGCGGGUACUUUGCUGUAUAAGGCACCCGAGGCGGAUAAGGGAACAACCGAUAAAGUUGACAUGUACAGUGCAGGUGUUUUGCUUUUUGAGUUGCUAUAUCAUUUCACCACUGAAACUGAGAGGCAAGCUGCUAUAGGGAAGCUGAAAAAAGCACCCGAAGAGGAAAAGUUACCUCAAGAUUGGCAGUACCCAGCAUAUACUGAUUUGUUGUUCAAGUUGGUCAAGGAAGAACCAACUGAGCGUCCCUCCGCUACUGAGGUUUUACAACAACUUUCUCCAAGGUAGGUGGCUGCCUCAAGAAUCACAUGCCUUGCUCUGAUGAUAAUGAUGGUGGUGGUUUUUGCAGCUCUCUCUCAACAAAUAAGGAAUAAGAUUUUUUAGAAAAUAAAACGGAAGUCUGUUCAAAACAUGUAUUUUGGAUAUAGACUUUGUGACAAACAUGUCUUUAAUGUUUUGUUUUGUAACAAAUAAUUGUGCCGCAGCUGAGGAUGUGGACUAG